UCAGCGCGCGCCGCAGCCGAUCCUCCCCUGCGUCCAGCCCUGCAGCCCGCGCUGCCUUCUCGGGAGCUCAGCGCCUCACAGCGCGGCGCAAACAGCCGGGCCAACUGCGCGUCCCGGUGCCCGCGCCCCGCCGCCACAGCCACCGCCACCGCCACCGCCGUGCUGCUCUCGAGAGCACGGAGUAUGGGCAGAUCCGCAGGCGCUCAGGUGCCGCAUGUUCCAGGGGCUUGUGAACAGCGGUGAUCCGCUGUCACGCCCAGACAAGACCUUUCCGUGGAGAUUGCAGAGCGACAGCUUCGGCACGGGUGACAGACACUGCGGCGUGCUUGCAGGGUGACAGCCGCCUCGCGGUUGAGACCUCCUGCGCUCCGUGCGCCCUCAGUCUCCCCAUCCUCCGCUCAUUUGCUCCGCAGUUCACACCCGCAGCCUCCGGAGCGCGACGUGUGCGUCCCUAGUCUGUGUCUUUUCCUGAGGAGCCUCCUCACUUCGGAGAUGCAAUGACAAGUUAAUAUGGGCGUCCACGCUUCGGUUUCCCAGGAAAGGAAUUGCCAGAGGCGGCCGUCCCUGAGCUUCUGAGCAGGCCGCCCGCUGCAACAUCCGCGCAGGUGGGACCCGCUGAGGGCAGUGACCAGUCCGCCACCCCGCCGGUGCGCUCGCAGGAUUUCACCAGCUCCCCAACCUGGGGAUUUUGCUCUUAUUUUUUUUCCCUCUACUGUUGGUGGGCGCCUCGUGGGCCGAGGCCCGGCGCCUACUCGGCUGCCCGCGCUGCCUUUAGCGGUCGCCUCCGCAGCCGCUGCCAGGGACGUGCUGGGAAAGCCUAAGCCCCGGGAGAAGAUGCCGGCCAUCCUGGUAGCCUCCAAAAUGAAGUCGGGACUGCCCAAACCCGUGCACAGCGCCGCGCCCAUCCUACACGUGCCCCCGGCCCGGACUGGUCCUCAGCCCUGCUACCUUAAGUUGGGAAGCAAGGUGGAGGUGAGCAAGACGGCCUACACCAGCCAGAUCCCCCUGAAAUCACAGGGACUGCAGGAGCCGACAGGGGAGGGGCUCCCAUUGCGGAAAAGCAGCUCUUUGGAGAACGGGUUCGAUACCCAGAUCUACACUGAUUGGGCCAAUCAUUACCUCGCCAAAUCUGGCCACAAACGCCUCAUCAAGGACCUCCAGCAAGAUGUGACUGAUGGCGUUCUCCUGGCCCAGAUCAUCCAGGUUGUAGCGAACGACAAGAUUGAAGACAUCAAUGGCUGUCCAAAGAACAGAUCGCAAAUGAUUGAAAACAUAGAUGCCUGCUUGAAUUUCCUGGCAGCUAAGGGAAUCAACACCCAGGGGCUGUCUGCAGAAGAGAUCAGGAAUGGGAACCUCAAGGCCAUUCUAGGCCUCUUCUUCAGCCUCUCCCGAUACAAGCAGCAGCAGCAGCAGCAACAGCCCCAGAAACAGCCCUUGUCGUCAUCCCCUCUGCCACCUGCCGGGUCUCAGGUGGCCGGAGCGCCUUCCCAGUGCCAGGCUGGCAUUCCUCAGCAACAGGGGCUGGCCAUUCCCCAAGCCUCGUGCCAGCCUCUCCAGCCAGCUUCACAUCCGCAGGCAAAAACACAAGCGGAAAUGCAGUCCAGUGCCUCAUCCAAGGACUCAUCUCAAAGCAAAAUCAUCCGCUUCACUCUGGGUCAGAAAAAGAUCUCUAGACUUCCAGGUCCUACCACAAGGGUGGCCGCUGCAGGCAGCGAGGCCAAAACACGUGGAGGGUCAGCCGCUGCCAACAACCGACGCAGCCAGAGCUUUAACAACUACGACAAAUCCAAGCCUGUCACCUCUCCACCCCCACCGCCACCACCAAGCAGCCAUGAAAAAGAGCCACUGGCAAGCUCAGCCUCCUCCCAUCCCGGAAUGAGCGAAAAUGUACCUGCUCCCUUGGAGAACAGCCCUGCCAUCCCUGUUAACUGCUCCUCAGCCAUCCCCCAGCCCAGCAUGACCUCCAAGCCCUGGCGCAGCAAGUCCCUCAGUGUGAAGCAUAGUGCUACAUCGUCUAUGCUCUCGGUCAAGCCCACUGGGCCCGAGGCCCCCAGGCCUGCACCUGAAGUCAUGAAGCCUGCCCCCAACAACCAGAAAUCCAUGUUGGAAAAGCUCAAACUUUUCAACAGUAAAGGGGGCUCUAAGGCAGGCGAAGGCUCGGCGUCCCGGGACACAAGCUGUGAACGAUUGGAGAUCCUGCCCAGCUUUGAAGAGAGCGAAGAGUUGGAGGCUGCUAGCAGGGCACUCUCUACUGCAGGCCCUGCGUCCAGCAGCCCCAAGAUUGCACUCAAGGGCAUCGCGCAGCGAACUUUCAGCAGGGCGCUUACCAACAAGAAGAGCUCCCCGAAGGGCAGCGAGAAAGAAAAGGAGAAACAGCAACGGGAGAAGGAGAAGGAAAAGGAGAAGGGCAAGGACUUCACCAAGAGAGUUUCCAUGACUGACCGACCUGACCUCAAGGAGGAACCCAAGGAAGAGCUCAGUGGGGUGGUUGUGACUGAGAUGCCGAAAAAGUCCUCCAAGAUUGCCAGCUUUAUCCCCAAAGGUGGGAAGCUCAACAGCACCAAGAAGGAGGCCACGGCUCCAUCCCAUAGUGGAAUACCAAAACCAGGAAUGAAGAACGUGCCUGGGAAAUCCCCAAGUGCCCCCAUACCUCCCAAGGAAGGAGAGCGGAGCCGAGGGAAGCUGAGCUCAGGGCUUCCCCCACAGAAGCCCCAGCUGGACAGCAGACACUCCAGCUCCUCCUCCAGCUUGGCAUCCUCAGAGGGAAAAGGCCCCGGAGGGACCACUCUGAACCACAGCAUCAGCAGUCAAACUGUCAGCGGCUCCGUCGGGACCACCCAGACCACUGGAAGCAAUACCGUCAGUGUUCAGCUACCUCAGCCUCAGCAGCAAUACAACCAUCCCAACACAGCCACGGUUGCACCUUUCCUGUACAGGUCCCAGACGGACACCGAAGGGAAUGUCACUGCCGAGUCCAGCUCAGCGGGGGUGAGCAUGGAGCCCAGCCACUACACCAAGAGUGGACAGCCUGCUCUGGAGGAACUCACUGCAGAAGAUCCCGAGGCUCGGCGGCUGCGGACAGUAAAGAACAUCGCGGACCUGCGACAGAAUUUAGAAGAGACGAUGUCCAGUUUACGGGGAACUCAGGUUACACACAGUACAUUAGAAACUACGUUUGACACCAAUGUCACCACAGAGAUAAGUGGCCGCAGCAUCCUCAGCUUGACAGGAAGGCCCACUCCUCUGUCCUGGAGACUCGGCCAGUCCAGCCCUCGGCUCCAGGCAGGCGAUGCCCCCUCAAUGGGCAACGGGUACCCACCUCGAGCCAACGCCAGCCGCUUCAUCAGCGCAGAGGCCGGCCGCUAUGUGUACUCCGCCCCUCUGAGAAGGCAGCUGGCAUCCAGGGGCAGCAGCAUCUGCCACGUGGACGUCUCGGACAAGGGAGGCGAUGAGGUGGACCUGGAGGGCAUCAGCAUGGAUGCCCCUGGCUACAUGAGCGAUGGGGAUGUCCUGAGCAAGAACAUCCGGAGUGACGACAUCACGAGCGGGUAUAUGACCGAUGGUGGACUUGGCCUCUACACUCGUCGCCUGAACCGGCUUCCUGAUGGGAUGGCAGUGGUGCGCGAGACCCUACAACGAAAUACCUCCCUGGGCCUCGGAGAUGCGGACAGAGACAGGAUUUCUCUGGAGUUUUUGGUGCCUGUCUUGGAACUAGCUCUUGUGGAUCAGGCUGGCCUCGAACUCACGGAGAUCCGCCACCGCCCAGCUGAGCUACAGCUUCUUUUGAGUUGGGAUGACAGCAGCUCCGUCAGCAGCGGCAUCAGCGACACCAUAGACAAUCUCAGCACGGAUGACAUCAAUACCAGCUCAUCCAUCAGCUCCUAUGCCAACACGCCUGCCUCCUCCCGGAGAAACCUGGAUGUACAGACUGACGCUGAGAAGCACUCCCAGGUGGAGAGGAAUUCCCUGUGGUCUGGUGACGACAUCAAGAAGUCAGAUGGAGGCUCAGACAGUGGAGUAAAGAUGGAGCCGGGCUCCAAGUGGAGGCGGAACCCUUCAGACAUGUCAGAUGAGUCAGACAAAAGUGUGUCUGGCAAGAAGAACCCCGUCAUCUCUCAGACAGGCUCAUGGCGGCGAGGCAUGACAGCAGAAGUGGGCAUCACCAUGCCAAGGACAAAGCCAUCAGCUCCAGCUGGCUCCCUGAAGACUCCAGGGACUGGAAAAACAGACGACGCCAAGGUGUCUGAGAAGGGAAGGCUUUCGCCCAAAGCCUCCCAGGUCAAGCGCUCCCCAUCGGAUGCCGGCCGUAGCAGUGGGGAUGAAUCCAAAAAAACCCUCCCCAGCACCUCUAGGACGCCCGCUGCCAAUGCCAACAGCUUUGGGUUCAAGAAACAGAGUGGCUCUGCUGCUGGGCUGGCCAUGAUCACAGCCAGCGGGGCCACCAUCACUAGCAGGUCUGCCACACUAGGUAAAAUCCCCAAGUCAUCCGCCCUUGUCGGUCGGUCCACGGGUCGGAAGACGAGCAUGGAUGGAGCCCCAAACCAGGACGAUGGGUAUCUGUCUCUCAGCUCUCGAACGAACUUACAGUACCGGAGCCUGCCCAGGCCCAGCAAGUCCAACAGCCGGAAUGGGGCAGGGAAUAGAUGUAGCACCAGCAGCAUCGACUCUAACAUGAGCAGCAAGUCAGCAGGCCUGCCAGUGCCCAAGCUGAGGGAGCCCUCCAAAACAUCCCUGGGCAGUUCACUGCCAGGACUCGUCAACCAGACAGACAAGGAGAAAGGCAUCUCUUCAGACAGCGAGAGCGUGGCUUCCUGUAACUCCGUGAAAGUGAACCCGGCUUCCCAGCCGGUGUGCAGCUCAACGCAGGCCACUCUCCAGCCAGGGACCAAGUAUUCAGAUGUGGCCUCUCCCACACUCCGCAGACUCUUUGGUGGGAAGCCUACCAAGCAAGUGCCCAUCGCCACAGCCGAAACCAUGAAAAGCGCAGUGGUCAUCUCCAACCCUCACGCCACUAUGACCCAGCAAGGUAACCUAGAGUCCCCCUCAGGCAGUGGCGUCCUGAGCAGUGGGAGCAGCAGUCCUCUCUACAGUAAGAACGUGGACCUCAACCAGUCUCCUCUAGCCUCCAGCCCCAGCUCGGCCCACUCGGGCCCUUCCAACAGCCUCACGUGGGGUACCAGCUCGUCGGCAGUGAGCAAGGAUGGCCUGGGCUUCCAGUCUGUCAGCAGCCUGCACACCAGCUGCGAGUCCAUUGACAUAUCUCUCGGCAGCGGUGGGGGAUUGAGUCACAACUCUUCCCCUGGUCCAGUCACCUCCGCUAAGGAAGAUUCCCUGCUGCCUUUUGUCCGCACCAGCAGUGUGAAGACCACACUGUCGGAAAGCCCUCUCUCUUCCCCUGCUGCUAGCCCUAAGUUCUGCAGAAGUACUUUGCCCAGGAAACAGGACAGUGACCUGCACCUUGAUAGGAACACUUUGCCUAAGAAAGGACUCAGGUAUACACCCACCUCCCAGCUUCGCACACAGGAAGACGCCAAAGAAUGGUUACGGUCCCACUCUGCUGGGGGCCUGCAGGACACCGCUGCCAACUCCCCCUUUUCCUCUGGCUCCAGUGUCACUUCUCCCUCUGGAACAAGAUUCAACUUCUCCCAGCUUGCGAGUCCCACCACUAUCACCCAGAUGAGCUUGUCCAACCCAGCGAUGCUGAGGACCCACAGCCUGUCCAAUGCAGACGGCCAGUAUGACCCCUACACUGACAGCCGCUUCCGGAACAGCUCCAUGUCUCUGGAUGAGAAGAGCAGAACAAUGAGUCGAUCGGGCUCCUUCCGGGAUGGGUUUGAGGAAGUUCACGGAUCCUCGCUGUCCUUGGUCUCCAGCACGUCUUCCAUCUACUCCACGCCGGAAGAGAAAUGCCAGUCAGAGAUCCGAAAGCUGCGGCGGGAGCUGGAUGCCUCCCAGGAAAAGGUGUCUGCGCUGACCACCCAGCUGACCGCAAAUGCUCACCUCGUGGCAGCCUUUGAGCAGAGUCUGGGAAACAUGACCAUCAGACUGCAGAGUUUAACGAUGACCGCAGAGCAGAAGGAUUCAGAACUGAAUGAGUUAAGAAAAACCAUCGAGCUGCUAAAGAAACAGAAUGCAGCUGCCCAGGCUGCCAUUAACGGAGUGAUCAAUACACCAGAGCUCAGCUGCAAAGGAAACGGCAGCACCCAGGCUGCAGACCUACGCAUCCGCAGGCAGCACUCCUCUGACAGCGUCUCCAGUAUCAAUAGUGCCACCAGCCACUCGAGCGUGGGCAGCAACAUAGAGAGCGACUCGAAGAAAAAGAAGAGGAAAAACUGGUUGCGCAGUUCCUUCAAGCAAGCCUUCGGGAAGAAGAAGUCCCCUAAGUCCGCAUCCUCACACUCAGACAUUGAGGAGAUGACCGAUUCUUCAUUGCCUUCCUCACCAAAGUUGCCGCACAAUGGAUCCACGGGCUCUACCCCAUUGCUGAGGAAUGCCCACUCCAACUCUCUGAUUUCCGAGUGUAUGGACAGUGAGGCGGAGACGGUCAUGCAGCUACGAAAUGAGCUAAGAGACAAGGAGAUGAAGCUGACGGACAUCCGCCUAGAGGCGCUCAGCUCUGCCCACCAGUUGGACCAGCUCCGGGAGGCCAUGAACAGGAUGCAGAGUGAAAUUGAGAAGCUGAAAGCUGAGAAUGACAGACUGAAGUCUGAGUCUCAAGGCAGUGGCUGCAGCCGGGCCCCCUCCCAGGUGUCCAUCUCCGCUUCCCCAAGGCAGUCUUUAGGCCUCUCACAACACAGCCUGAACCUCCCAGAGUCCACCAGUUUAGACGUGUUGCUGGAUGACACUGGUGAAUGCUCGGCUCGGAAGGAAGGAGGCAGGCAUGUUAAGAUAGUGGUCAGCUUUCAGGAGGCAAUGAAGUGGAAGGAGGAUUCCAGACCGCACCUUUUCCUUAUUGGCUGCAUCGGAGUUAGUGGCAAGACAAAAUGGGACGUGCUCGAUGGGGUGGUUAGACGACUGUUCAAGGAAUACAUCAUUCAUGUGGACCCAGUGAGUCAGCUGGGGCUGAAUUCAGACAGCGUCCUCGGCUACAGCAUCGGUGAGAUCAAGCGCAGCAACACCUCCGAGACCCCCGAGCUGCUCCCGUGUGGCUAUCUGGUGGGAGAGAACACCACCAUCUUGGUGACUGUCAAAGGGCUCCCGGAAAACAGCCUAGACUCUCUGGUGUUUGAAUCCCUGAUCCCCAAGCCCAUCCUGCAGCGCUACGUCUCCCUGCUGACAGAGCACCGGCGCAUCAUCCUCUCGGGCCCCAGCGGCACUGGGAAAACCUACCUGGCCAACCGGCUCUCGGAGUAUGUGGUACUCCGGGAAGGACGGGAGUUGACAGAUGGUGUCAUUGCCACCUUUAACGUGGAUCACAAGUCCAGCAAGGAGCUUCGCCAGUAUCUGUCCCACCUGGCCGACCAGUGUAACAGCGAGAACAAUGCCGUGGAGAUGCCACUGGUCAUCAUCCUGGACAACCUGCACCACGUGAGCUCUCUGGGAGAGAUCUUCAACGGACUGCUUAACUGCAAAUACCAUAAAUGCCCUUACAUCAUUGGCACGAUGAACCAGGCUACCUCUUCCACUCCUAACCUGCAGCUUCAUCAUAACUUCAGGUGGGUGCUUUGUGCCAACCACACGGAGCCCGUGAAGGGUUUCCUCGGCCGCUUCCUGAGGAGGAAGCUCAUGGAGACGGAGAUCAGUGGGCGGGCGCGCAACACGGAGCUGGUGAAAAUCAUCAACUGGAUCCCCAAGGUCUGGCAUCACCUCAACCGCUUCCUGGAGGCCCACAGCUCCUCGGAUGUCACCAUUGGUCCCCGGCUCUUCCUGUCAUGUCCCAUCGACGUGGAUGGUUCCAGAGUGUGGUUCACUGACCUGUGGAACUACUCCAUCAUCCCCUACCUCCUGGAAGCUGUCAGAGAAGGACUCCAGCUCUAUGGCAGGCGUGCCCCCUGGGAAGACCCUGCCAAGUGGGUAAUGGACACCUACCCAUGGGCUGCCAGCCCACAGCAGCACGAAUGGCCUCCACUCCUGCAGCUCCGGCCUGAGGAUGUGGGCUUCGAUGGCUACUCCCUGCCUCGGGAGGGGUCAACAAGCAAGCAGGUACCCCCCAGUGAUGCUGAAGGAGACCCGCUGAUGAACAUGCUGAUGCGGCUGCAGGAGGCAGCCAACUACUCCAGCCCCCAGAGCUAUGACAGCGACUCCAACAGCAACAGCCACCAUGACGACAUCCUGGACUCGUCCCUGGAGUCCACUCUGUGACCGAGGCCCCCUCUUCCCCUCACCCCAUCCCGCCUGCAUCCUCCACUUCAUUCUAAAGAUGACUUCCUGAGCCAGCCCUGGCUGCCACAGCCUCGAAGCCCGAGCAGAGCGGCAGGAACAGGCGAGCCUCAUCCCUUGCGCUCUGCCCUCGCACGCACGAGCAGCCCAGGACCUCCUCCUCCCGCGGUGACGACUGUAUGAGCCUCUGUUCUACUCUCCUUCUCGUUCUGCCUUGUUGACGUGACCUCCGUGAGACGCUGAAGACACUUCACGGGAAAGGAUCCUUACCGUCGAAAUAUAAAGAGAUUCGAUGAAAAUUUUACACGUAAGAUUCCACUUGGUGCCCUGAAACCCAGCAGCAUCCCCCCUACAAGCACCCCCAGACAGAAAAGACUAAACCCGCCUUGGAAACACAGACAGCAGGGUUUCCCUCAGCACAGACCCGCCUGCUCGGGUCUGGCCACCAGCACCCCAGAGCCAUGCCACCUAUCCCCCACGGAAGAACUGGUGCUAACGAGGGCGCUUGCUCGGAGCGCCACCCAGGGACACCACUACAUCCUAGUCUCUGUUUGCCACAUGGUGCUCUCCUUCCCGAGAGGUAUCUUGUCUGUUCCAAUACACCCCUCUCCCCUUCUCAGGCCCCCCCCCCAGGGCCCCAAUUAUCCGUGAGAGCAAGAGAAGAGGUGAGCAUGCAAGUGAGAGCAGAUGGGGCUAGCCACACAGAGGAGCGCGCCUGUUUCCUUCGUCUGUCUAAAUGGUCAGGUUUCCGUCCGCAAACACUGUGUACUGUGAAAGUAUUUCUUUGGAGAACUCUCGACCCCUGCCUGAGUCUGCCUCUCUGCCUGGUUGAUUGUGACGGUCCCCCACCCUCACCCCCCUCCCCACGAGAAUCAGUCCUUUGGUGGAAGCAAGAGCUGAAAAGUAGUUGAGUUUAGCUCCUCCUCAGCGUGGGUUUUCAGUGUCCAUCGUCACAGCUCUGUGCCCUCGCUGUCUCCCGUGGGGCUACAGGCAUCUGCAUCCCUGCAGAUGGAUGAGGGUCAGUUCUCCUCCUGUGGCUGAGCUACAGACCUUGCCUGUCCUUCUCAUCUCUGAGAACUGAGAACCCCACCUCAGUCACCCCCAAACCCGAGCUGCAGGAGGAGUUGAUAACGUAUGUCCCCUCAUCAAACGCUGGCACUUCCCUCAGAACCAACGUGACACAGCUUAGCCAGGGAGGGGCAGUCACUCUUCCCAGAAGCCUGGCCCUGCCUCCGUCCUGAUGAGCCUCAUCUGACCUCUUUGGUGCUGAUCCCCCGCCCCAUGCAAUGCCUUACUGGUUUCGUACUGACCGUGUCCGUUCACGUGAGUGUUGUGCCUGCCUGGGGAUGUGUGCGAAUGUGUUCCCCACCCAAGUAAACAGGGCUAUAAGUCAUCUGUUCAUAAAGAGAACACGAGUUGCCGACUUCUCAUCCAAAAGACUCAUCUGUGUGGAUGUAUGGUUGUGGGAAAAAGAAAACAACAGAGAGAGAGAGAGAGAGAGAGAGAGAGAGACCCAUUUUCUUUUUAAGUUCCUGUCAGUCUCCAGCCGACAACCUCACUGGACAGUGAAACCCCCCCCCCCCCACAAGUCCGUGUGACAUUGUAAAUUCAUUUCUGGGAGGCAUAAGCGUCCCCCUCUGUGUUAGAGUCUUUCCUGGCUCCAGUGAGGGGGUCUCUGUAAACAAUCAGGGUUUUUAAUUCCAUCUUUUCCUAUUUUGUUCUUGAACGUUUGUCUCUUGGCAAUUUUUUUUUUAUUUUAAUUUUCAGUUUCUUACCCUAAGAGCUUAACCCAAAACUUCUCCCUUUGCUUGGGAUGACACUGUUUUUCUUCCUCCUCGAGAGGAAGGAGAGCGUGUGCUAUUAACUAGCAAACACAACCAUUUCCCACUCCCUGCUGUAAUCCUAGCCUCAGCGUCCGCCACUCACGUGGGUGUGAGUGUGUCCCCUGUUGUUUUGUUUGUAAUAAACCAUUUAAAGCGUGUGUCUAGCCUGUGACCAGGGCCAAACCCUGAGCCUUCUUCCAGCGUCCCCGAAGGGUAGCCCUUCCCAGUCUAUCUCCCAGCAACGACCGUACACUCUCAUACUGUGAAUUUGGGAGGCUGUAAAAUCGAAUCCCUCCUCCUAUGUAGUUUUCUCAGUCACCUUAGGAGUAUACUCUGCCUGUGUUGUUUGGACCCGUUGUCCCCAUCUCCAGUGCCCAGUCUUUCCUGCCCCAACAUCCAGGUUCACAACAGAAACCUGCGUACCUACUGCUGCCUGGCAGGCGAGCGGCGGCAGAGUUACACUUGAGUGCCUCCCAGCUCAGCCACCUUCCUGAAGCUCUGGGAAGCGGGGCUGUCGAAAGGCCCAUUUCCUCCUGCGUAGUGAUUCUACCUUCCUGUCGCUCAACCCUGGACAAAGUGACUUUGUACUCAUUUAGGGCUCUGUCUAAAAUGCUUCCGUUUUGCCUUUUUAUAUAGAUAGGCUAAUUUUGAAAUGUAAGAAAUCCUAUGCAACACUGGCGCUGAGGUCCCAGUGGGAGCCAAAAGUUUUCUUCCCAAGAGGCCAAGAAUCCUGCGGGCCGUCAGCGAGAUGGGAAGUCCUUUUAAUUUAAGGUUGGGGUGGGGUGGGAGUGUGACAAGGGCAAGGCUUGCCCAGAUCUUCUUCUGACCUUGGGGACAUUUUAAAUUUUAUUGUUUUAAUGCUCAACUUUAAAAUUCCACGUGCCCAAAUUUGACCGUGGCAAAUCUACUUCAAAAGCAAAAUGGUCCAGCCUUGCGGCUGUUGCAUGGGAGGUUUGCUGUUUUGACCUGCUUGCUUCAGGCCGAGCGGUUUAGGAAACAUGUUCUAUAAGAUGUACAUUUUUUUCAUUGUAACAUAGAAAUUGUAAAUAAUUGAUGAAACUGCUGCAUUUUGAUGACUUUUUUCUAGCCAUUUUUAAAGAGAAAACUAGGAACUGAGUAUUUUGUGUACGGUAUGUGUCCACCUCCACCCCCCUCCCUCCCUCCCUAUUUAAUCUUCAUUUGUCAUGAGGUUUUUGGGUUUGAGAACAAUCCGCUGGAGAUCUGCCCCAUGUCAUAGAAAAUAAAGCUAAUGAUUGUACCACUCUUA